AUGACUGUGAGCACAGACAGCAUGUUCAAUUAUCACGGUGUUAAUACCCAGACUGCCACACCCUCCCAGGCCAGCACCAAAUUUGCUCACGUCAAUGAAGUGAAGGAACUCAUCAGACAGUUCCUCGAGGAUACCCAGUUUGACCGCACCACACCAUUUGCAAAAGACCAUGAGCUUGAGGCAGCUGUUUGGAACUAUAUCACAAGCCGAAAUAUGGGGAAAGAGACUGAAGCUGCGUUUCUCGCCAAGUUGAAGCUUGGUGUGACGUAUGUGCAGCAGACUUAUACUUUUCUUCCCUUUGAUAUCAGAGUCUGCUGUGGCAUCCAUUUUCUGUACAUGUUCCUAGUGGACGAUAUUGCAGAUGGCUUUAUGGAGGAUUUGCAAGCAUUCAACCAGAACUUUAUCCUGAACAAGGGCCACAACCAUCCUCUCCUGGCGGGCUUCGACGCACAUCUCCGCAGUUUAUCCCGCUACUACGGGCAGUAUUGCCACUCUGCAAUGGUUAAAAGUGCAUUGGACUACGUCAACGGACGGAUCAUGGAGCAUAAGAUGCUCGAAUCAAACUUCCAAUUUCCCCCCGGCUCGAAAUUGAUGCCAAUUUUCUUACGCCACAAGGUCGGGGGAGCGGAGAUGAUGGUUCACGCGUGCUUUCCCAAGAGCCUGUUCCCUGAAGAGAAGUAUAUGAUGAAAUAUGUCCCUGUCGUCAAGGAGCUCGUUGUUAUUUCCGAUUUUACCAAUGACAUACUCUCCUACUACAAGGAGUUUAUUCUUGCCGAUGAGAAAGGAAACUUUGUGUCCAACUUUGCCGAAACACAUCAUAUGCGCCAGUUGGAUGUAUUGAGGCAUUUAACAAGUCAUACGCCACUGCUUGUCCACGGCGUAUAUCGCAUGCUCGAGGGUGAUGAGGAGCUGUUGCCACCUGUAAGGAAUUUUGUGUCUGGUUUGAUCAUGCUCUUUAGCUCUCAUCGGAGAUACCAUCUGGUGGAGUUGUUUGCAGAUGAGCAGUAUCUGGCUCCAUAUGAUGAGGACUCGUAA